AUGGCGUCAAAUGGGUCGAACUUUUCAAUAAAAUUAUCAGAUGACAUUGACGUUCUUCAUUUACUUGCACCAUUUCUGCUAAAAUAUCGAAUAUAUACGUAUGAUUCUAAAGGGAAAAGCAAAGAUGAAACUACACGCAAAUGGAAGUACGAAAUGUCGUACAUUCCACAUAAAGUUGAUUUGGUCUUGGAACAGCAUGAAAAGCAUAAACAUCGAUAUCGUCUUUCUCUUGUAAUAAUCGACGCUGCUGGCAUUAGAAUGCAAGAAAAUCAGCCAAUCAUGCUCAGCCACGAUGGAUUGCAACGUCAAAAUGUACCUGAAAAGUCAAAUACAUUUUACAUGCAUUACAACGAUCGUCAUGAUGAAGAAACAGACUAA